AUGGAGUCACCUUCUGUUGAGGCUGCUUUUGAAAGUUUCAUUGAGAAUAUUUUGCGAGACUUUGUUUUAGACUUGUGGUAUUCAGAUAUUACUCCCGACAGAGAGGCCCCAGAACUGAUACGUGGAUUAGUACUUCAUGCUCUUGGUGAAGUAUCAGGCAGGGUGAAAGAGAUGAAUCUAGUUGACAUGCUAACAAGGGAUAUGGUUGAUUUGAUUGGUAACCAUUUAGAUAUUUUCCGGAAAAAUCAAACUCUAAUUGGUGUUGAUGUCAUGAGGACUUUGUCUUCCGAGGAAAGAGAUGAGAGACUGAAGCAGCACCUAAUAGUUUCACAGGAACUUCAUCCAGCACUGUUAUCUUCAGAGCAUGAGUACAAGUCGAAAAUGUCAGAGGAUGACAAUGAUAGUACCAUCCAACCUCGUCAGCCAGACUCGGCGGUGGUAUUGGAUGCAGCUACUAAAAGGAGGUCAGAGGUUCUUGCCCCUGAGAAUCUUGAGAACAUGUGGGCAAUCGGAAGAAAUUAUCAAAAGAAAAUGAUUAAAGUAGACCAAUCAUCUAGGUUGAAAGGUUAUGGAGGUUCAGAUAACAGUCCAAGUGCAGGGGCAGUGGCUAAAGAGCUAUCCUCUAACUUCAACGAGAGAAUUGCAUCUGUUGAUUAUAAAUACAUGGUUGUUGGUGCAUAUUUUGAGAAACUAGGUUCAAAAUCUUUUGCAGUUUAUCCUAUCGCGGUGACUGAUGCAGAUAACAAGGCCUGGUUUCUUCGAGAGAGGAACAUAUACCGGAAUUUUGAACGUCUUCAUCGACAACUGAAGGAGAUACCUAAUUAUUCAUUACAUCAGCCUCCAAAGAGUUUUCUUUCAUCUUGUGUUGAUGAUUACCUUGUGCACCAACGAUGCAUUCUCCUGGAUAAAUAUCUUCAAGAUCUCUUGUCUAUAGCUAAUAUUGCAGAGCAGCAUGAAGUUUGGGAUUUCCAGAGUGCAUCCUCAAAGAAUUACUCUGCUGGAAAGUCCACCUCUGUUAUGAAAACCUUGGCUGUUAAUGUUGAUGAUGCAAUGGAUGACAUUGUUCGACAAUUUAAAGGAGUUUCAGAUGGUUUGAAACGGGCGGUCGGCACAUCGCCUUCUAGCGCAACUGCCCAAUUUGCAGAUAAUAGGAUGUCUCUAUCUUGGAACCAGGAAGAGAAAGAUAACCACAACUUGCAUCAAAGAAACUUGGAAAGUGCUCAUAGCCUAUCAGAUGGUGAUAGUAACUACGAAGAUCACACCUCAUCUAUGAAUAGUGGAUGCCAUUCAGACAAUGAGGUCAAUAAUAGAGGCCAUACUUCAAAUGAUGUUAAGCACAUCGAAACAUAUUCCAGUUUGGAUAAACAAGCCAGUGACCAAAUAGGAAAACCUACAAGGGCAUAUUCUGAUUCUUCAAACAUGUCAUCUCUAAAUACAUUCGAGGAUCCAACAGGAAUUCCUCCUGAGUGGAUGCCAACAAAUGUUAGUGUGCCUUUAUUGAACCUGGUUGACAAGGUAUUCCAGCUAAAGCGACGGGGUUGGAUACGGAGACAAGUUCUUUGGAUAUCAAAACAAAUUUUGCAGUUGGUCAUGGAAGAUGCAAUCGAUGAAUGGAUCAUAAGACAAAUCAAUUGGCUACGAAGAGAAGAUGUCAUUGUACAGGGAAUACGUUGGAUUCAAGAUACCCUUUGGCCAAACGGUAUAUUCUUCACCAAGUUGGAUGGAUAUAAAGGGAAUGCAGGCACAAGUCAAUUUGACAAGCAGUCAUUUGGGAGUCCCAACCAGGCUGUUGGCAACAAAAAGAGCACAAGCUCUUUUGAACUUCAGCUUGAGGCAUCCAGAAAUGCCAGUGAGGUCAAAAAACUUCUUUUAGAUGGAACUCCAUCGACCUUGGUCAGCAUAAUUGGAUACAAACAGUACCGACGCAGCGCAAGGGACAUGUACUACUUCCUCCAAUCCAACGUCUGCAUCAAGCAGCUCGCAUAUGCAAUGCUAGAGCAGGUCCUCGUGACAGUCUUCCCAGAGCUUCGCCAGCUAAUAGACGACAUACAUGAGAAGGGGCGCAAAGAGCAAGCCUCUUUCACAUACCAACUCUGA